UAAGAUUGAGGACUGUCCUGCUGCCACUUCAAACCAACCUCUCCUGCCCUGUCAUGUGGGAGGCACGCUCGUCCUCCUUUUGGAGGGCUGUCUUUGCCGAGUUCUUUGGCACCAUGAUCUAUGUACUUUUUGGCCUGGGGGCCUCAUUGCGUUGGGUCAUUGGCCCUAUUAACGUUCUGCAGGUGGCCUUGGCCUUUGGUUUGGUGGCAGCCACCAUGGUGCAGUCUCUAGGCCAUGUGAGUGGUGCCCACAUCAAUCCGGCUGUUACCGUAGCCUUCCUGCUGGGCUCUCAGCUUUCCUUCUUCCGCGCUAUCUUCUACGUGGUUGCCCAGGUCCUGGGAGGAGUGGCUGGUGCGGCUGUGCUUUAUGGAAUUACACCAGCAGCGCUGAGGGGUAACUUGGCUCUUAACACGAUGCAUCCCAGUGUAAAUGUAGGCCAGGCUACCAUUGUGGAGAUCUUCCUGACCCUACAAUUUGUCCUCUGCAUCUUCGCUACCUAUGACGAGAGACGUAAUGGACGCAUGGGAUCUGUGGCACUGGCUGUGGGACUCUCCCUCACUCUUGGACACCUUUUUGGGAUGCACUACACUGGAGCUGGCAUGAAUCCCGCUCGUUCCUUUGCACCAGCAAUCAUCACCCGCAACUUUGUCAACCACUGGGUGUACUGGGUCGGACCAGUCAUUGGUGGUGUGCUGGGUGGCUUCUUGUAUGACUUCAUCCUCUUCCCCCGGAUGCGUGGGGUCUCAGAGCGCUUGUCUAUCCUCAAAGGUGAACAGCCAGUUGAAACCAGUGUGCCCCCAGAACCUCCUGGAGAACCUGUUGAGCUGACAACACAAGCGCUAUAAACACUGGCCUCUGAGUGACAAAAACCACAGGAUACACAUGCCCUUUCUUUGGGGAAAGAAGGGGCAGAAACAACUGGCCCAGUAUACAGACUGUUAUUGCUCCUGACCGGUAGGCAGUGGUCUCUUAGGAGACACAGAUUUGAAGGGACAGUUUGUCAUUCAGUCUGUCUCUCUCUCCAAAAACAAAAGCAAGAAAAAAUCCUACAACAAACAUGGGACAAAAGAUGGGGGAGAAUGGAUGGGGUGGGUAGUGGAGGGAAAUGAUGUUAUUGCCUGAAUUUUUAAGUAAUUUCUUUUGCAGUGAGAAAUCUUGGACACAGUUUUAUGGAGGGGACGUUGUAAUAAUUCCACCUGAUCUUCCCAUUUAAAUCCCUGGGAAACUUUGGAGCUCUGCCUCUGUGUGUAAUUAUACAUGUAAAGUCCUUGGCAGUUAGUUAGGUGGUGUGUGCGUGUGCAUGCAUGCACACGUAUGCACAUGUCUGUAAAUUUUACAUUGUAAAGGAAGCCUUUGGACAGCUUCCUGUAUUCCCUUCCUCUCACCUACCACUGUCAUCUGUUGCAUCUCAGUGAUCUACAACCUGCUCAUGACUGACAUUGUGUUCUGCUACUAAUGUUGGAGGCAUUAUUUUAUUUAGGACAGGACUGGAAGACCAAAUCAGACUCCUCCAUAGUUUGUCAAUGGUCUCUUCUUUCUCUCUGUUGCUCCUAAUCAUCCAGCCCCAUCUCUGUGGGCUGUGCUAGCAAGGUAGAUAGAAGCUUGACUCACAGGUGGGCUGGGGGCAACUGGAUGGGGAGGAACAGCAGUGGUGAAAAGAUUGCAUGGCCCUUUCCUAGCCACUCUCAAUAGAGAAUCUUCCUCCUUGGAGGAGUGUAGAAACAGACAGGUAUACAUGUUCAUGGGUGGCAGAGGAGGGAGACAAGGGGCUCUUUGUCCACAUGUGAGAAUAGUGUUUGUAUACUUGCAUAUCUGUUGUGUGUAUGUAAAUGAGAGAAUUAUUGGGAUGAGGAGGAGGUCAGCUACAAGGGCCAGCUACUAAUGCCUACACUGAAUUCCCCUUCAUUUUUUCAUUUGCCCUUAUCUUGAGGAUCAUGGCAUAGCUAGCUGUAGCCAUCAUUUUAAUUUUCUACCAUGCCCCAAUGUAAUGUUGCUCUAGUGUGUUGUCGGAUAUCAAACUGGUGGCUCAGUGACCCAACCGCCCAGCAUUGUUCCUGUCAUGGAGUUAGCCCCUCAGGGCCUACAGAGAGUGGAGAGGACCCAUUUAAAAGAAUCAUAGAGUAGCAGAAGCGCUAUCCAGUUUAACCACCUGCCCUGCAGGAUACACAAUCAAAGCACCCGUGACAAAUGCCCAUCUGGCCUUUGUUUAAAAACCUCUAAGAAGGAGACCUUACCACCCUUUGAAGCAGCAUGUUCCAUUGUCCAACAGCUUUUACUGUCAGGAAGUUCUUCCUAAUGUUUACAUAGAAUUUAUUUUCCUGUACCUGGAAUCGAUUCCUCUGUGUGCUAUUCUCUGGAGCUGCAGAAAACAAGCUUGCUCCAUCCU